AUGGGUGAGCUUGCUGCUCUAGGGCUAGCGUGCAAUAUCAUCCAGCUAGUUGAUUUCGGCAGCAACCUGUUUUCCAAGGCGCGGGAAAUUGGCAACUCAGCUCAUGGCAUUGGCGACGAAGAACAUGAUGUCGAGAUGAUUGCUAAGGAUCUAAAGACUCUGCUGCAUGGGCUCAAAGACGAUCCUGCCAAUGACAGCAGCUUGAACGAGCUUCGGGGAGGCUGCUGUGCGGUCGCAGACGAACUGGUGACAAUCAUGGAAGACCUCAAAUCAGCAAAUGUCCAAGGUCGCAAAUGGGGUAGUUUUAAGCAGGCCAUGAAGCUUGUGCGAAAGGAGAAGGAAAUCCGAGCUCUUGAAAAGCGAACUUACGAGACUUCAAGCUCAAAUCACCACACAUCUCGUCGCGACUCUCACUCGUCAACCGUCACUUGCAUUGAGCGUUUGGUUGAAAGAUCUACCCGCCUAGAGAUGAGCACUACACAUAGCAUUGAGGUUCUUAGGCUAGAGCUUCUCGCUGCUCUUAAAGGCUUCCAAAAACAGACUCACAAUCCACCAUUGGCCGAUAUAAGUGACAAACUAGCAAAACUGACAAGAGCAGGAUCGUCCUUGGAGAAAGAGCAUGACAUACUGCAGAGUCUGGGUUUCAGCACGAUGCGUUGGAGAUACAGCAAUAUUAAAAAGGAGCACGAGCAGACGUUUCAGUGGAUAUUCAAGGGCCCCGAUACCCAGUUUCUGGAGUGGCUGAGAACAGGGGCUGGAAUUUACUGGAUUGAAGGCAAAGCUGGGAGUGGCAAGUCAACUCUGAUGAAGUAUAUAGUCAACGCUGACCACACCCACAUGGCACUGAAUGCAUGGGCAGGACACCGCGACUUGGUCAUGGCAAGCUACUUUUUCUGGGCGGCAGGGACAUCUAUGCAGCGGUCCCUGGAGGGCUUUCUUCGGACUAUCUUGUUCCAGGUGCUAGGAAAGUGUCCAAACCUGAUUGCAAACGUGUGCCCGAAAAGAUGGGACCAUCCACUAGACCCUUUCAGGGAUUGGGAACAUGAUGAACUGGUUCUAGCUUUGGAUCUCGUUGCGAAACAGGCAAUGUCCCAUACACGCUUCUGCUUCUUCGUGGAUGGGAUGGACGAGUGUACAGGUGAUCAGAGGGCGCUUGUGCAGCUGUUGAAGGUCCUUGCCGCCUGCCCGUCCAUCAAGCUUUGCAUCUCUAGUCGGCCCUGGAACGUCUUCGUCAAUGCCUUUGACGGCAAGGUCCCGCAAUUGAAACUAGAAACCCUUACCAAGGGUGAUAUCCAGAAGUAUGUUGAUGACAAGCUCAACGCAGGGUUAUCAACAGCCGGUGAUGAUGCCAGGACGCGGAAGGAGGUUGCUGCAGAAAUAUCUACCAGGGCUCGUGGGGUAUUUCUAUGGGUUUACCUUGUUGUUGAUUCACUUCUGAGGGGCCGGGAAGAGGGUGAUGAUAUCGAGGACAUGCGACGCAGGCUUGACGCUUUGCCAGAUGACCUAGAGGAAUUCUUCAAACGCAUCAUGUCAACAAUCGACAAGGUCUAUCGUGAGCAGACCGCAAAGAUAUUCCUAAUCAUGAUCGACGCCGAGCAUUCACUGCCCGCCCUGAGUUUCUCGUACCUUGAAAAAGAGGAAACCGAUGAACAAUACCCAUUCCAGCGUGCGAUAGCUGAGAUGCCAGAGUUGGAAGUUUACCGAAUGUCAGAAAGAAUGAAGAUACGCAUCAACGCGCGCUGUCGGGAUCUCCUUGAAACAACAAUAUACCCAGAAGAGAAGUUGUUCGACAGAUAUCAGGUCGACUUUCUCCACCGGACCGUCCGCGACUUCUUCCUCGAAACAUCAGCAAUUGACGAUAUUCUGAAGCCAGAACUGCGAAUCAGCUUUGAGCCUUCCCUCUCCCUUUGUCGGAUGAUGCUUGCUUUAGCCAAGACGUCGCGUGGCAUGGAACAUAGAGAAAAGAGGCAUAAAAGCGGCACGCAAAUGGUGAGAUACGCGGCCAAAUUGGAAACGAAACAUAUGCAGGAGCACAAGUCACCUGCCCAGAUGCGUGACGCGCUUGUCCUCCUCGAUGAGCUACAGCGCGUUUGGAUUGAUCCGCCGGCAGGCUCCCAGUCUCGGCAGUUACCGCACGAGAUCAACGACCGGGCCUUUCUAUGUGAGUGUAUCGACAUGGGAUUAGAGUUUUAUCUUCGUCAUAGGCCGGCUCAAGAGCCUGAGAUUUUCCAAGGCUCCAAAGGUCGAUCAUACCUGAUACACGCGUUGAAUGGAUGGGUGGAGGAAAAGUUCAACCCUGCCGAGGACGAGCAACGAGACGCGAGGGUUGAGACUCUGCAGCUCCUUCUGGAGCAGCAGGCCCUGGACCCAAAUCCAGACCCGAAAAACCAGACAGCUUGGGCUCUAUGUAUGGACUUUCUCGCAAACCAUCAUCGAUUGAUGCCGGCUUCUGUACGACAAUGUAUGUGCGAUGCAAUGAAGCUUUUUCUGAAUAAUGGAGCGGACCCAAGAGCGUAUUUCUUCUAUUACUCGGAGGAAAAGAUGUGCCGAGCGAUCUCUAUACUCCAAAGGCUGUACCCAGCUGAAGCUACCGUUUUCGAGCAGCUCGCAAAACCCAGUCCCAGGAGGUUAUUGACACUGCCCGCGUCAAAGCAGCAGCAGCACAGAAAAACGUCGCCUAUAGGAACACUAAUGGAUCGCUUUCGAUCUAAGGACUAG